AUGCCAUCAAAAAAUGAAUCGGUUUUGAACCCAAAAACUACGAAAUAUGAGUUUUUAGGGCCAAUUGGUGCAUUUCUAAUGAUUACAGUACUUCCAAUUCUUACUUGCGUUUUGCAUUUAAGCUGUCAAUUCGAUGACAAUCCAUCUCGUCAUAGGGUUGAGGGAACUCAGCUUCGUGAUGGCUCAAAAUUAAAAUACAAAAUGAAUGGAUUUUAUAGCAUGAUAUUAACAUUAUUUAUAAUUAUUUCCAUCCUAAAUACUAAAGGACAUGAACCUCUUUUAUUCAUUGAUGAUCAUUUUAUCGGUUUAAUUACUUCUUCAAUUAUUGUGGCUUUCAUCCUUUCGUUGUACGUUUAUUUAGAUUCAUUUCAAGAAGGAAAAUUAUUAGCGCUUGAAUUGAAUCCACGUAUUGGAUCAUUCGAUAUUAAGUGUUUUGUGGAACUUCGACCAGGUUUAAUUUGUUGGACUGUUGUAAAUAUAGCCAUGGCCAUUAAACAAUAUCAUGAACUUGGGUAUGUCACAAUUGGAAUGUUUUUAAUCUUAAUUUUUCAAGGGUGGUAUUGUAUUGAUGCUGUUUACAAUGAGCCUAUCACUACAGAUGGCUUUGGUUGGAUGUUGUCAUUUGGAAAUUUUACAUGGGUUGGGUUUUUAUAUACUCUUCAAGCAAGAUAUCUUGCUUUGCAUCCUGUUCAUUUAUCUCGGCUCCAAAUUAUAUUUAUAAUUUGUCUGCAAGCCAUUGGAUAUGCGAUAUUUAGAGGUGCAAAUAAUGAAAAAAUUAUUUUAGGAAUAAUCCUGAAGAUCCGAGAGUUAAGCGUAUAUUCUUUUUAUCCAUUCUAUUUAAAAUAUAUAACAACUGAGGCUGGUUCAAGAUUAAUUAUAUCUGGAUGGUGGGGAAGAGCAAGGCAUAUAAAUUAUCUUGGAUUUGAUGAUAUUUUACCAUACUUUUAUAUUGUAUAUUUUGCAGUAUUAUUAAUACAUCGAGAAUUUAGGGAUGAAGAAAAAUGUAAAAAUAAAUAUAAAAAAGAUUGGAAUAGAUACUGUGAAAUUGUAAAGUGGAGAAUUAUUCCUG